AUGGCGAGGAAGUUUAGCAUAUUGGAAAUCCUUCUGAUCAUCUUUGUCCUAAUUAUAUUGGCCGUAGAUAUCCUCUUGCUGCUUCUCGUGUUGGAAAAUCCUUCAGAUACUUCAUUUAUUCCGGAGUGCCCAGAAGUCCCUGAAGCAGAAAGGAUAGACUGUGCUCCCGGCCAGAAAGUGACAGAGGAUGUCUGCAGAUGGAGAUAUAAGUGCUGCUGGAAGCCUGUCGCAAACACUGAUAUCCCUUGGUGCUUCUUCCCCAGAAACUGGGGCUAUGAAGUCAGCAGUUGGGUUAAAAAUACAAGCACAGUGCUUUCUGCCCAGUUGAGAAGGUUGCUGACCCCAUCCCUGUUUGGAGAUGACGUCAUCGACACCCUCUUCACAGCUGAGUACCAGACAUCCAAUCGUUUUCAUUUCAAGGUCACUGAUUUCAAUAACAUACGCUAUGAAGUCCCCCAUGAAAGUGUCAAGCUGUUCGACGAUGGGACUGCUGAUACCUCCAAUUCGAGCUAUCACGUAGAAAUCAUUAACAAACCCUUCAGCAUCAAAAUUAUGAGGACGAGCAACAAGAGAGUCCUGCUGGACACAAGCAUCGGGCCCCUCCAGGUUGCCCAGCAGUACCUGCAGCUGUCCUUCCGGCUACCCAGCGCCAACGUGUACGGGCUGGGAGAACACGUGCACCAACAGUACCGCCACAGCAUGGCCUGGAGGACCUGGCCCAUCUUCACCCGGGAUGCCACCCCCACCCAGGGUAUGAUUAAUCUGUAUGGAGCUCACCCAUUCUUCCUGUGCCUUGAAGACACCAGCGGCUACUCUUUUGGGGUUUUUCUGAUGAACAGUAAUGCCAUGGAGGUCACCCUCCAGCCCGCUCCUGCUAUCACUUAUCGUACCACUGGGGGCAUUCUCGACUUCUACGUGUUCCUGGGAAAUACUCCAGAACAAGUGGUUCAGGAGUAUCUGGAGCUUGUUGGACGACCAUUCUUGCCUCCCUACUGGAGUCUUGGGUUCCAGCUUAGUCGUAGGGAUUAUGGUGGCAUCGACGGGUUGAAAAAAGUUGUAAACCGAAAUCGUGCAGCUGAGAUCCCAUAUGAUGUCCAGUACUCUGACAUAGACUACAUGGAUGGAAAGAAGGAUUUCACUGUUGAUGGAAUGGCCUUCUAUAAUCUCUCAGGUUUUGUCAGAGAGUUACAUAGCUAUGGAUUGAAAUAUGUAAUUAUGAUGCAUCCUGGCAUCGUAAAUAACUCUGACUACCCGCCUUAUGUGAAUGGAAGAGAAAAGAGAGUGUGGAUCUUGGGGAACAAAGGUGCUGUCAUUGGGCAGGGGUACCCAGGAUGGACAGUCUUUCCUGACUUCAGUAAUCCAGCUUGCACUGAAUGGUGGAAAGAGCAGUUCGUUGAAUUUAACAGUACUCUGGAGUUUGAUGGAGUGUGGAUUGAAACGGAUGAAGUAUCCAGCUUCCUCCAAAGUCCUGAUCAUGAGUGUGAACUGAACAACUUGAACUUUCCUCCUUUCACUCCUCGUGUCCUGGACCGCUUGCUUUUUGCAAGAACCCUCUGCAUGGACGCUGAGUUUCACGAGGGCCUUCACUAUGAUGUCCACAGCCUCUAUGGCUACUUCAUGGCAAGAGCCACAGACAGGGCGAUGGAGGCCAUCCUCUCCAAUAAAAGAGGCUUCAUCCUGUCCCGUUCUACUUUUGCCGGAUCUGGCGCAUUUGCUGGUCAUUGGUUGGGGGACAACGCAGCCACAUGGGAUGAUCUCCGAUGGUCCAUUCCCAGUAUCCUGGAAUUCAACCUAUUUGGCAUUCCCAUGGUGGGCGCCAACAUCUGUGGUUAUGCAGAAAAUGUCACAGAGGAACUCUGCAGAAGGUGGAUGCAGCUUGGAGCAUUUUAUCCGCUAUCGAGGAAUCACAACGGGCCUGGGUUCAGGGACCAGGAUCCGGCUGCCUUUAGUGAAAACAACUCAACGCUGUUGAAUUCCGCCAGACACUAUUUGAACAUCCGCUACACCCUGCUGCCCUAUCUCUACACCCUUUUCUACCGAGCUCAUUCCUUGGGGGAGACCGUAGCCAGGCCCCUCGUCCAUGAGUUCUACCAGGACCCAGCCACGUGGGAGGUGCACGAGCAGUUCCUCUGGGGGCCUGGACUCCUCAUCACGCCUGUUUUAUAUGAAGGUGUGGACUCUGCAAAAGCAUACAUACCGGACGCCAUCUGGUACGACUAUGAGACUGGAGUAGCCACCCAAUGGAGGAAACAAUUUGUGGAGAUGCUACUGCCAGGUGACAGGAUAGGACUUCACCUUCGAGGGGGCUACAUCUUUCCCACCCAGCAGCCAAACACAACCACAGAGGCCAGUCGGAGGAAUUCCCUGGGACUCAUCAUUGCCUUGGACUAUAAGAGAGAAGCAAAGGGGCAGCUGUGCUGGGAUGACGGUGACUCUAAAGAUGCUGUAGCUCAAAACAAAUACAUUCUGUAUGAUUUUUCUGUCACCUCUAACCGUCUCCAGGCAAAGAUUAUAAAAAAUACGUACACAGACCCCAACGGACUCACAUUUACAAAUAUCACAAUCUUGGGAAUGGACAAGGAACCUGCUAAUUUUACUGUCUUCCUUAAUAAUGCUGCCACCCCCAUUUCAAGCGUUGUCUACACCAGUUCGACAAAGGUGGUGAGCAUCACGGAUCUCCAGGGACUGUUACUGGGACAAGAAUUCUCCAUUGAGUGGAAGCUUCCAGUGCAUGACCUGCAGAAGUUCAACUGCUACCCCGAGGAGCCUGCGGUCUCUGAGGAGAGCUGCCAGCAGCGGGGGUGCCUGUGGGAGCCCACGACGGUGCCCGGCGUGCCCACCUGUUUCUACGACACCAUCCCUAAUUACGCCGCCAGCAACAUUCAGUACCUGCCCACGGGCAUCACCACAGACCUUUCCCACCUGACAGCCCCUGAAUCGGCAGCUGCCUCAGCCUCCGAUCCCCUCUCCGCCAAGAUCGGCUUCCUCCGCGUGAGCGUCACCUACCACACCGAAACCAUGCUGCAGUUCAAGAUCUAUGAUCCCACUAAUAAAAGGUAUGAGGUCCCAGUAUCUCUGAACACACCUCCCUCUCCAGUUGGCUCCACUGCAAACCGGCUGUAUGAUGUCAGGAUUCAGAACAAUCCUUUCGGGAUCCAGAUUCGACGAAAAAGCUCUGGCACUGUGAUUUGGGACUCGCAGCUCCCUGGUUUCACCUUCAACGACCUGUUCCUUUCCAUCUCCACGCGCCUCCCGUCUCAGUACCUCUAUGGCUUUGGGGAGACGGAGCACACGACAUUCAGAAGAAACAUGAGCUGGCACAUGUGGGGAAUGUUUGCCCGAGAUGAGCCCCCCGCGUACAAGAAGAAUUCCUACGGUGUCCACCCCUACUACAUGGCACUGGAGGAGGAUGGCAAUGCCCACGGAGUCCUCCUGCUGAACAGCAACGCCAUGGAUGUGACCUUCCAGCCGACUCCUGCCCUGACAUACCGCACCACAGGAGGGAUUUUGGACUUUUAUAUGGUUUUGGGGCCAACCCCCGAGCUUGUAACUCAGCAAUACACCGAGUUGAUUGGUCAGCCAGCAAUGGUUCCAUACUGGGCCUUGGGAUUCCAGCUGAGUCGCUAUGGAUACCAGAAUGAUGCUGAAAUUUCCAAUUUGUAUGAUGCAAUGGUGGCAGCUCAGAUUCCCUACGACGUCCAGCACGUUGACAUCGAUUACAUGGACCGGAAGCUGGACUUCACCCUCAGCCCCAGCUUUCAGAACCUUGGCCUCCUGAUUGAGCAAAUGAAGAAAAAUGGCAUGAGAUUUAUUCUCAUUCUGGAUCCAGCCAUUUCUGGCAAUGAGACCCAGUAUCUCACAUUCACCAGAGGGCAGGAAAACAAUGUAUUCAUCAAAUGGCCAGACAACAGUGAUAUUGUCUGGGGAAAGGUUUGGCCAGACCUGCCUAAUGUAAAUGUGGAUGGGUCCCUUGACCCUGACACUCAGGUGAAGCUGUACAGAGCCCAUGUGGCUUUUCCCGACUUCUUGCGGAACAGCACGGCUGCCUGGUGGAAGAAGGAAAUAGAAGAACUCUACAGAAACCCUCGCGAGCCAGAGAAGAGCUUGAAGUUUGAUGGAUUGUGGAUUGACAUGAAUGAACCAUCAAACUUUGUGGAUGGCUCUGUCACGGGCUGCAGCGAUGAAGUGCUGAAUAAUCCACCCUAUAUGCCGUAUUUGGAGUCCAGGGACGGGGGCCUGAGCAACAAGACGCUGUGCAUGGAGAGCCAGCAGAUCCUGCCCGACGGCUCCCCCGUGCGGCACUACGACGUCCACAGCCUCUAUGGCUGGUCCCAGACCAGACCCACCUACGAAGCGGUGCAGGAGGUGACCGGACAGCGAGGAGUCGUCAUCACCCGCUCCACCUUCCCCUCUUCUGGCCGCUGGUCAGGACACUGGCUGGGCGACAACACGGCAGCGUGGGACCAGCUGAGGAAAUCUAUCAUCGGCAUGAUGGAGUUCAGUCUCUUUGGAGUCUCUUAUACAGGAGCAGACAUUUGUGGGUUCUUUGGAGAUGCUGAAUAUGAGAUGUGUGUCCGCUGGAUGCAGCUGGGGGCGUUUUAUCCAUUUUCCAGGAACCACAACACUUUUGGGACAAGGAGGCAAGAUCCUGUGGCCUGGAACUCAACCUUUGAGAUGUUCUCAAGAAAAGUCCUCCAGACCAGAUACGCCCUGCUGCCUUACCUCUACACGCUGAUGCACAAAGCUCACGUUGAAGGCAGCACUGUUGUCCGACCCCUUCUCCAUGAGUUUACCAAGGAUGCUACAACAUGGGACAUAGACCAGCAAUUCAUGUUGGGUCCUGCCAUCUUGAUCAGCCCUGUUCUGGAAAGUAACACUUUUCAGAUCCUUGCUUAUUUUCCCAGAGCCCGUUGGUAUGACUAUAGCACGGAAUCUGGCAGUGAAUCGCCAGGUGAGUGGAAAAUCCUGGCGGCUCCCCUUGACCAUAUCAACCUUCAUAUCAGAGGAGGCUACAUCCUGCCCUGGCAGGAACCUGCGAUGAACACCUUCUCCAGUCGACAGAAAUUUAUGGGAUUGAUUGUUGCUUUGGAUAGCAAUGGGAGAGCUGACGGUCAGAUAUUCUGGGAUGAUGGACAAAGCAUCGACACCUAUGAAAACGGAAACUAUUUCUUGGCAAACUUUACAGCAACUCAGAACGUAUUGCAAAUUCAGACCAUACACAAUAAGUAUUUGAGUGACUCUAAUCCACUGAAAGUUGGCUAUAUUAGAAUCUGGGGCAUAAACUCUACUUAUGUAACACAAGUCACUCUCACCUAUGACAACCAGCAAUUUGUGGUGAUGACUUUCAAGAGUGACCCUUAUAAUCAGACACUAACUAUUCAAUUGACUGACAAGAUUAUCAGCCUGGAAAAGUUAACUGCGAUUUCUUGGAUUCAUGGUGGUCCUAUAGUUUCAACUACGCCAAUGAUGAGUACCUUCCCAAAGAGUUCUUCAUAUCCUUCUACAUUUACUACUAGAGCUACCCCCUCUGAGACUAUUAGUACUAGUUCUGCUACAACAAGCACUGCUACUGCUAGCAGUAUUGUUACUCUUCCUGUCACAACCACACCUUUCUUAACAAAUGCUACUCAAGUUCCAACUGGUACUACUGUUCCUGAUAACAUGACAUCUUCCCCUACAAAUAUUACCACUGCUGGCACUGUUGUUAUCCUUCCUGUCACAACCACACCUUUCCCAACAAGUACUCCUGAAGUUCCAACUGGUACUUCUAUUCUAAACACCACAGUAUCUUCCCCUACAAAUACUACCACUCCUAGCAUGAAUGUUACUCCUCCUGUUACAAUCAUGCCUUUCCCAACAAGUACUACUGAAAUUUCAACUGGUACUACUGUUCCUGAUAACACGACAGCUUCCCCUACAAAGGCUACUACUGCUGGCACUGAUGUUACUCUUCCUGUCACAACCACACCUUUCGUAACAAAUGCCACUCAAGUUCCAACUGGUACUACUGUUCCUGAUAACAUGACAUCUUCCCCUACAAAUGCUACCACUGCUAGUACUGAUGUUACCCCUCUUCCUGUCACAAUCAUGCCUUUCCCAACAAGUACUACUGAAAUUUCAACUGGCACUGCCGUUCCUGAUAACACGACAGCUUCCCCUACAAAUGCUACCACUGCUGGCACUGAUGUUACCCUUCCUGUCACAACCACUCCUUUCUUAACAAAUGCUACUCAAGUUCCAACUGGUACUACUGUUCCUGAUAACAUGACAUCUUCCCCUACAAAUGCUACCACUGCUAGUACUGAUGUUACCCUUCCUGUCACACCCACGCCUUUCCUAACAGAUACUCCUGAAGUGCCACCUGGUACGACUGAUCUUAAUAACAUAACAUCUUCCCCUACAAAUAUUACCACUGCUAGUACUGAUGUUACCCUUCCUGUCACACCCACGCCUUUCCUAACAGGUACUCCUGAAGUGCCACCUGGCACGACUGAUCUUAAUAACAUAACAUCUUCCCCUACAAAUAUUACCACUGCUGGCACUGAUGUUACCCUUCCUGUCACACCCACACCUUUCCCAGCAGAUACUUCUGAAGUGCCAACUGGUACUUCUAUUCUAAACACCACAACAUCUUCCCCUACAAAUACUACCACUCCUAGCAUGAAUGUUACUCUUCCUGUCACAAUCAUGCCUUUCCCAACAAGUACUACUGAAAUUUCAACUGGCACUGCCGUUCCUGAUAACACGACAGCUUCCCCUACAAAUGCUACCACUGCUGGCACUGAUGUUACCCUUCCUGUCACAACCACUCCUUUCUUAACAAAUGCUACUCAAGUUCUCACUGGUACUACUGUUUCUAAUAACACUACAUCUACAAAUACUACUGCUGUCUAGCGCUAAAGUUACUCAUCACAACCAUGCCUGUCCCAACAAGUGCUGUUGAAGUUGCAGUGAGUAUGGAUGUUUCUUAUAUGCUGUACCUUUCCUUACAAAUACUGCUAACUGCUCAAACUUGUGCUACUCUUCCUAUCACAACUACCUCUUUCCCAACAAGUACUACUGAUACUAGCACUGGUACUGCUGUUCUUAUCACCACUACUCAUUCUUCAACAGGUAUUGAUGCUACUAGUACUAAUAAUACUAGUCCAAUUACAACUACUCCUUUUCCUACAAACAGUGGUGCUGAUACCACUUGCAAUAGUUUUUUUUUUCUAUUAUGGCUAAUGUUUCUGAAAGUAUUCAUCCUGUGAAUGUUACUGUUGCUUCAAAAGCUGAUGUUGAUACCCCCGGUAAUGAUGCUCCUAUUACAAAUUCUCCUUCCCCUACAACAUCUGGGGACAAUAGCAUGGGUAAUACUUUUUCUACCCCUUCUCCUGCAGAUACUCAUA